AUGUCUUCUCUCACCUCCCCUGUAGGUAACGGAAAGAUAUAUGGUGAAUGCGCGUGCAGAAUCUUCGAUCAAUUCUCUCCGUCAAGCUUCUUGCCCGGUACACCAAAGCCCUCAUUUGAUCUUUCCAAAAAUUUUCUUUUAUUCGUUUUUGUUCUUUCUGUUCAUUUUCUUUGUGACGGGGAGGGUUCUUUUGUUUUUGAAUUUUCUGUAAUUUUCUGUUUUUCUUUACUUCUCUCUUUUCUCUCUUACUCGCGAUUACUUUCUUUCUUUCUUUCUUUCUUUCUUUCUUUUUUCUUUCUUUCUGUUACCUCCGUAUUUUCCCCUGUUCCUUCUUUCUUUCUUUCUUUCUUUCUUUCUUUCUUUCUUUCUUUCUUUCUUUCUCGUCAUUGCAUUUUUGUUGUUGCGAUAUCCGCUUCAUUCUUACUUUCUUUCUUUGACAUAUUUCCUUUCUUUCUUUCUUUCUUUCUUUCUUUCUUUCUUUCUUUCUUUCUUUCUUUCUUUCUUUCUUUCUUUUCCAUCGCUUGCUUUUACUUACUUUAUUUUUCAUUAGAUAUUUCUUUCUUCCUUUGCUUUCUUUUGCAUUCUUUUUUUUAUUUAUUUUUCAGUAAGUUUCGUUCUUUCGUUCUUUCUUUCUUUCUUUCUUUCUUUCUUUCUUCGUCAUUUGCUCUUUCUUUUUUUCCUUUUCUUUUUCUUCGUUUUUUCUUUCUUCUUUCUUUUCUUUCUUUUCUUUUUUUUCUUUUUUUUCUUUCUUUCUUUCUUUCUUUCUUUCUUUCUUUCUUUCUUUCUUUCUACUUCUUCUUCUUUACAUUUCAUUCAUUCAUUCAUUCAUUCAUUCAUUCUUUCUUUCUUUCUUUCUUUUUUCUUUCUUUCUUUUUUGUCAUUUAUCUUUUCUUUAUUUCCCUGUCACUUGUUCGUUUUUUCUUUCUUUUUACGUCAUUUACUACUUUUUUUCUUUCUUUCUUUCUUUCAUUCAUUCAUUCAUUCUUUCUUUCUUUCUUUGUCAUUUGCGCUUUCUUUCCUUCUUUCUUUCUUUCUUUGCUUUUUCUUUCUUUCAUUCUUUCAUUCAUUCUUUCUUUUUUCUUUCUUUCUUUCUUUGUCAUUUAUCUUUUCUUUAUUUCCCUCUCUCUUGUUCGAUUUUUCUUUCUUUUUACGUCAUUUACUUCUUUCUUUCUUUCUUUCUUUCUACGUCGUUUACUUUUCCUUUCUUUCUCUUUCUCUCUUUCCUUUUUUCUUUCUUUUUCAGUCAUAUACUUUUUUUCUUUCUUUCUUUCUUUCUUUUUUCAUUUCUUUCUUUUUUUUUUACAAAAUCCUUCUUAUCUUCAAAUAAGACAAAUACACUUGUCCAUUUUCCAAUUCUCAUCAACUCCUAUACGAUUCAUAUCAAUCACCCUUCCUUUCUUUCCUUCCAGAUUCUCUUCUACUUCAGCGUCCCCUAAUAAUAUCUAUCUAUCUAUCUAUCUAUCUAUCUAUCUAUCUAUCUAUCUAUCUCAGCCUAUUAAUAUUUAUGUAUGUAUGUAUCUAUUAGCUAUAAAUAAUACCACAGGGAUGAUAAGCUAUAAAAAAAUCUAUCUAUCUAUCUAUCUAUCUAUCUAUCUAUCUAUCUAUCUAUCUAUCUAUCUCAGCCUAUUAAUAUCUAUAAAAAAUCUAUCUAUCUAUCUAUAUCUAUCUAUCUAUCUAUCUAUCUAUCUAUCUCAGCCUAUUAAUAUUCUAUCUAUCUAUCUAUCUAUCUAUCUAUCUAUCUAUCUAUCUAUCUAUCUAUCUAUCUAUCUCAGCCUAAUAAUAUCUAUCUAUCUAUCUAUCUCAGCCUAUUAA